UUUGAAAUGUGCCAUAAGUGUGCUUUGUUUGUAGGUCCAUACUGUGGAAGUAUGACUGUUCCCGAAAAACUCUGGCUGAACACAAAUGAAGUAACUGUCCGCUUUGCGAGUGGAUCCCACAUUUCUGGUCGGGGUUUUUUGCUGACCUAUGCCAGCAGUGACUAUCCAGAUUUAAUAACCUGUUUGGAACGAGGUAGUCAUUAUUCGAAGACAAAAUACAGCAUAUUCUGCCCAGCUGGUUGCAGAGACAUAGCAGGAGAUAUUUCUGGGAAUAUGGUACAUGGCUAUAGAGAUACCUCUUUAUUGUGCAAAGCCGCCAUUCAUGCAGGAAUAAUUGCAGAUGAACAGGGUGGCCGGAUCAGUGUGCUUCAGCACAAAGGAAUAAGUCAUUAUGAAGGAAUUCUGGCCAAUGGUGUGCUCUCCAGGCAUGGCUCCCUGUCAGAAAAGCGCUUUCUGUUUACCUCCAACGGAAUAAAUGUUGCAACUGUGGCUGUUCCAUUGGUGCUCCUCAUUGUGCUUCUUCUGGCUGGAAUUGGGAUCUUUGCAGCCUUUAGAAAGAGGAAGAAGAAAGGAAAUCCAUAUGUAUCAGCGGAGGCUCAGAAAACAGGUUGGUUAAAACUUCAUCUACAGUUUUAUUGUGUAUUUGAGGAAGUGACAAGAUCUGAUUGAAAGCAUGAAUAGGCUUGGAAUGUAGCUGAGUGGUAGACUGCUUGCCUAGCAUUUAUGAGGUGCUGAAUUUGAUUCCCAGCACUGC